CUUGAAGAAGGUGCUGGAGGCGGCGCAUUGGAUGUCCCCUUGCAGCAUAUCCGAGGAAGUUUUCCUGCAGUACGAAUCUUUGAUUAGCUCCAUCGAUGAGCUUGUCUUGAACCUCUUCAGGAGGUUUAACGAGAACGUCGGUGAAGACGUUACCAAACGUUUGGAUAGGCCGUUGAUGUGUCGAAGCGCAUCACGACCCGGAUUGAUUGAAUGCAACAUGGAUAAGAAGUUGUUGCAAAUUUUUCAAGAGAUACGCUACUUCCUGGCCAUGAAAUACGAAGUUCCGUCCAACUGCAACUAUGUGUGGUCGAAGGUGACGUCCUUGAAGUUCAUUUUUGAGAACGUCGUGCAGGUUGUUCGAGAUUACAAUAAUUUGAUUGCGUCGUUGGGGGACGAGGAAAGGGUUUUGUUCAAACAGUUGAUUCUCAAUGUAGAAAAGAAGAUUAGUCCGGGACUAUCGAAGCUCACUUGGAAUACGGAUCUCGGAGAUGCUUACAUUGCGGAAUGCAGUGCUUGUACGUCUGAUCUACAAGAUUUCGUCACAGAUUACAAGACGUGCAAUUUGGAGAUUGUUGCUAUUUGCGAGAAGAUUUGCGAUUCUCCAAUUAUACACAUAUCCUCUGGAGUUUCCUACGACAUGGAUGUUCUCUUCAAUAUCAUCAACAAAUCUAGGGAGGAGACCAUUGAUAAAUUCAUAGAAUACUAUCAGCAGAUAAUUCGAUACUUGAUUGUGGUUUACGAAGGAUUUGAGCAAAAUAUACAAAAUAUGGCUGAGCAAUGGAUUAAAUACAUUAUCAAAUUUGAUAUUUUGAUGGAGGAAGCUCUUCGUGUAACAGUGAAGAACUCUUUGCAGCACGUGUACGAAACGCUUCACGGCGAUGGAGUUACAGGCCCAAAUCCUGUUUUGAAUCUAGAGACCCAUUUGAAACAUAACAAGAUCAACUUUGUGCCGACUUUAAGCAGCUUCGCCACUCACAUGGCCGACAUCCUACCAUCCAUCACAUUGAACCUAACCGCUGUGCCUAGGAUAUCAGAGAAGUUUCACAUUAAAAAUGCAAGAAUUCGGAGCUUUUCCGACCUCAUCAACAGCGACGCCGAAUGCAACAAGUUGCAAAAGCUAAUCAACAAAGAGGUUCAAUUGAACGUGGAUAAGAUGCGAGAGUACAUGCAGAUGUGGAUGCCGUUCCGAGACCUUUGGGAACUCAACAAAGAUCUUUUUAUUGACAUGUACGAGAAGGAGAACCCAACUGCAAGCCAAUUCGAUGCGAACAUUGGUCGAUACACGGAGCUCGCAAACAACGUUCAGAUUAUCGAGAACGUGACCAUAGUGUACUUCAUAAUCGUCGAUUGCAAUAACCUGAAGAAAUCCAUCAUUGAUCACUGUAUUAAAUGGCAAGAGAAGCUUACGGCGUUGCUGUUUAAAAUCACCAAGAGGAUGGUCAAUUGGAUAUACAAAUACACGAAAGAAAAUUCCGAAAAGGUGAUGGUGGUUCCGCAGAACUUGAAGGAAAUGCAGAAUGCGAUUCUAUUUUACGAGAGGUUGGUGGAUGAAGCGCCCAAGGAGGAGAAGGCAUUCGUUGAGAUUAUUGAGCAGACUGAAGUACUUGAUAAGUAUGGGAUGGAAAUACCGGAUGAGGUCAGGAAGAAUAUGAAAGGGAUACCGCAGAUUUGGGAAGCUUAUUUGCUGACGCUAGAAGAAGCUGAUAAGAUGAUCGAGUUUACUAAGAACGGAUUCAGAAAUAAUUUAUUGGAAGAAUCUGAGGAUAUCAAAAGAGAAGCGUGCAAUUUGUUGGAUACCUUCAUGACCACAGGACCAUUUAGUCAUGAUGUCAAGGUGUCAGAUGCUAAAAAUUUCCUGAAGAUGAUGAGAGAAAACAUAUCGAAACUACGCGAGAGAGAAGCUCUGGUUAAAGAGAAUUUGGGCAUCUUCGAAUUGAGUUUGAUGGAGUCUCAGGAUUUAAACGCACUGGAAAAAGAAAUGCUCACGCUUGAAAUCGUUUGGGGCUUAACAGAAGAAUGGGAUAUAGCUUGGAACAAGUAUAAAACUGGCGAAUUCUGGGGCAUCCAGACCGACGACAUGGAGGAGACUGCACAGACUCUGUUCAGGAAGUUGACGAAACUAGCACGAGAGUUGAAAGAGAAAAAUUGGUCUAUUGUUGAGCAUACCAGACAAAGGGUGGAUGCGUUCAGAAGAACUUUACCUUUGAUUGGAGAUUUGAAGAACCCUGCGAUGCGACCCAGGCAUUGGGAUCGUGUGCGUGCUGCGAUGUACGAAGACUUCGAUCAGAAUUCGCCAGCUUUUAAUCUGGAAGCUAUUUUAGCUAUGAGGAUGAUUGAUUACGCUGAGCAAAUCAAUGAAAUCUCCAAUGCGGCAACCAUGGAGUUGCUUAUCGAAAAGGGUAUCAAAGCUAUUGCGGAUACUUGGAAGCUUGUUACUAUCGAGAUGGCACCUUACAAAGGAUUCUUUAGAAUCAAAUCAGUCGAUGAUUGUUUCCAAAUGUUGGAGGAUAACAUGAUGCAACUGUCAACGAUGAAGAGCACUAGGUUUGUGGAGCCGUUUGCUAAAGAAGUGGAUAUGUGGGAAAGGCGUUUAUCGUACAUUAUGGAAACUUUGGAAACUGCCUUGAACGUACAAAGACAAUGGCUCUAUUUAGAGAAUAUAUUUGGAGGCGAGGAUAUUAGGAGGCAAAUGCCUAAAGAAACUUUAGAAUUUGAUGGUUUGACUGACGAUUGGAAGGAGAUUUCAACGAGAAUGGCAGGAGGAAAAAACGCUAUGCGUUGCGUUACAUUUAUUCCUGCGCCGCAACUACUGAACAAGUUGAACAAGAUGAACGAUAAGCUGGAGCUGAUCCAAAGAGCACUCGAGUUGUAUCUGGAGACGAAACGACACGUCUUUCCACGCUUCUACUUCAUAUCCAACGACGAUAUGUUGGAGAUCUUGGGCAACGCUAAAAAACCAGAAGCAGUUCAGCCGCACUUCAAGAAAUUGUUCGACAAUCUGAACAAACUGAAGCUGCAGAAGAAUGCGAUCACCAUGAAAUCUGAAGCAAUCGGCAUGAUUUCUGAAGAUGGAGAGUAUAUGGAGUUCACCAAGAUGGUAAUCAUCGAUGGUCAGGUAGAAAACUGGCUGAACGAUGUGGAGUCGAUGAUGAGGUUCACUCUGAAAACAGAGUUUAAACCUUGCAGAGCUGCGCUUCGUAAAAUGCUGAGCAAGAGAGAUAAAUGGUUGUUAUCCUAUUGUGGACAGCUGUGCAAUGCUUGCAGCCAAAUGCAAUGGACUACUGAUUGUACUCGAGCUCUGGUGCACUGCAAGCUCACGGAAAGUAAGAAACCUUUAAAGAGGUUGCGGAAAAAGCAAAAUAGGAUUUUGCUGAAGCUUUCGGAAUUGAGCAGAAGAGAAUUGCCUAAGUUGCAAAGAUUGAAAGCAAAUACACUGAUCACCAUAGAGAUUCACUCCAGGGAUGUCAUUGAUAGGAUGUACAGAGCAAAUUGUAUGGAUACUGGUGCAUUCGAAUGGUUUUCUCAAUUGCGUUUCUAUUGGGACAGAGAAAUAGACGAUUGCAUAAUCAGACAGACCAACACCCAUUUUCUGUAUGGAUACGAAUACAAUGGGAAUUCAGGACGCUUGGUUAUAACACCUCUAACGGAUAGAUGUUAUAUAACUCUGACAACCGCUUUGCAUUUAUUCCGCGGUGGAAGCCCGAAAGGUCCUGCAGGUACAGGAAAAACGGAAACUGUGAAAGAUUUGGGCAAAGCUAUGGGUAUGUGGGUGAUAGUUAAUAACUGCUCCGAAGGGCUGGACUUCAAGAGUAUGGGCAAAUGCUUUUCGGGAUUGGCUCAAACCGGUGCUUGGGGAUGCUUCGACGAGUUCAACAGAAUCAACAUUGAGGUCUUAUCUGUUGUUGCACAACAGAUUAUGUGCAUCCUAGCAGCUAUUUCACAAAGAGUAAAGACCUUUAUAUUCGAAGGAAUUGAGAUUAAUUUGAAACACAGCUGCGGUAUUUUUAUAACUAUGAAUCCUGGUUAUGCAGGAAGAACUGAACUUCCGGAUAACGUAAAGUCUAUGUUCAGACCAAUUUCGAUGAUGGUUCCGGAUAGUGUUAUUAUUGCAGAAAAUACGUUAUUCAGCGAUGGAUUUCAGAACGCUCGAGUUCUUGCAAAGAAGGUAUUCACUCUGUAUCAAUUAUCAAUUCGUCAAUUGAGUAAACAAGACCAUUACGAUUUUGGUCUGAGAUCAAUGGUUGCCUUGCUGAGAUAUGCAGGUAAAAAGAGGAGACAACUGUCGCAUCUUCCCGAAGAGGAAAUAGUUUAUCUUGCAAUGAAAGAUAUGAAUAUUGCCAAGCUGACUGCCGACGAUCUUCCACUUUUCAAUGGAAUCAUGUCUGACAUUUUCCCUGGGAUAUCUCUUCCAUCCGUUGAUUAUGAAGAUAUGAAUGCUGCAAUCUCGGGCCACUUGAAGGAGAACGGAUUGCAGUGCAUUGCCACAGCCUUGACCAAAGUGAUCCAGCUCUACGAAACAAAGAAUUCACGACACUCAGUCAUGAUUUUGGGACGGACUGGUACCGCCAAAACUGUUACGUGGAAAGCUUUGCAGGGUUGCAUGGGUCGACUGAAAAGGGCAGGAAAGCCAGGUUUUCAAGUCGUUCACGAAUAUCCCAUCAAUCCGAAAGCCUUGAAUCUUGCUGAACUGUAUGGGGAAUAUAAUCUGAGCACCAACGAAUGGCUCGACGGAGUUAUAAGUUCUAUCAUGAGAAUUACUUGCGCAGAGGAAAGUCCCGAUGAGAAGUGGAUUUUAUUUGAUGGACCCGUUGAUGCUGUGUGGAUUGAAAACAUGAACAGCGUGAUGGAUGAUAACAAAGUGUUGACUCUGAUCAACAGUGAUCGUAUAACAAUGCCGGAACAGGUAUCGCUUCUAUUUGAAGUUGGUGAUCUUACUGUAGCUUCACCAGCAACAGUUAGCAGAUGCGGUAUGGUUUACAAUGAUUACAAGGACUGGGGAUGGCAACCUUUUGUAACCUCCUGGUUACAAAAGGUCGAAAAUAGAGGGAAAGAUUAUAUUACCUUGAUGAAAUAUUAUUUCAAUUAUUAUUUAAAUACUAUCUUGGAAUUUAAACGGCUGAAUUGUCAAGAGACCAUCGUAACUUCUGAACUGAAUUUGGUGGUUUCAUUUUGCAAAUUACUUGAGAUGUUUGCCACUAAAGAGAAUGGCAUUGAUAUUACGAACGAGGAGACGUUCGAAGAUAUGAUUAAAAUAUGGUUUUUAUUUUGUAUGAUUUGGUCAGUUUGCGGAACAGUGGAUGAGAACGGUCGUAGGAAGAUGGACACGUUCAUUAGAGAAAAGGAAGGAGUGUUUCCAUUGAAGGACACUAUUUACGAGUACUACGUUGACAUCAAGAAUAAGUGCUUUGCUCCUUGGGAGGAGAAGCUCAACAUGUCUUGGCGUUAUGAUGAGGGGUUGCCUUAUCACAAAAUAGUAGUCCCGACUAUUGAUACUGUACGAUAUGAAUAUUUAAUAAGCGCUCUUCUGGAUAAAGGCUAUCCAGUUUUAUUGACUGGACCAGUUGGGACUGGUAAAACUUCUUCUGCUCAAAGUGUUUUAAAUUCAAUGGAUAAAGAUAAAUACGUUAUAUUAAAUAUCAAUAUGUCCGCUCAGACAACUUCUCUCAACGUACAAGAAGCAAUUGAGAGUAGAACAGAGAAGAGAACGAAAAAUUCGUACGCUCCACCCGGUGGAAAGUUUAUGAUUACUUUCAUGGACGAUUUAAAUAUGCCAGCUAAGGAGACUUACGGAUCACAACCACCUCUGGAACUGUUGCGUCAGUGGAUUGACUACGGCUUCUGGUAUGACAGGCAAAAGCAAUGGAGGAAAUAUGUACAAAAUAUGUUGGUGAUGGCUGGUAUGGGACCACCUGGAGGUGGAAGAAAUGUAAUUUCGCAGAGACUACAGAGUAAAUUCAACCUGAUAAACAUGACUUUUCCGGCGGAAGCUACGAUAUUCCGGAUAUUCGGAACAAUGAUUAUGCAGCACACUUUAGAUUUUAUCGACGAAGUGAAAUCUAUAGCUAGGAACAUUACGAAUGCCACCAUUGAACUAUAUGAUAAUGUUAUCAAUAAGAUGUUGCCGACGCCUACUAAGAUCCAUUACCUGUUCAAUCUCAGGGAUAUUUCUAAGGUGUUUCAGGGAUUACUGCGCUCUCACAAAGAUAUAGGAAAUAACAAACCAUUCAUGCUCAAACUGUGGAUACACGAAUGCAUUCGCGUGUUCUACGAUCGAUUAAUUGAUGAAAAGGAUCGUGAAUGGUUUUUGAAUCAAUUAAAUGAACAACUUGGAAGACAUUUUGAGCUCACGUUCCACGCGAUCUGCACGAAUCGCGAGAUUCCUAUGUUUGGAGAUUUCAUACAUGCGUUCAGUCUGUACGAUGAUUUGAAUGAUUUAACUGUGGUGAGGAAACACCUAGAGGUGCAGAUGGAGGAGUAUAACGCUAGUCCGAACGUGGUGCGAAUGGAUUUGGUGCUAUUUAAGGAUGCCAUAGACCACAUCUGCAGAAUUGUCAGAGUCGUUUCCCAGCAACGAGGAAAUAUGCUUCUGGUGGGUAUCGGAGGAAGCGGAAGACAGUCGGUGUCGAGGAUUGCUGCGUACCUGGCCGAACUCUCGACGUUCCAGAUUACUGUGACACGAUCAUACAAAGUAGUCGAAUUUAAAGAGGAUCUGAAGAAGCUGUUUUCUUUGUCAGGCGUCGAUGGAAGGCCGACGUCGUUUCUCUUCAACGACACGCAAGUUACGGACGAAGGUUUCUUGGAAAUCAUCAACAACAUGUUGAGCACCGGCGAAGUUGCCAAUCUUUAUAAAACGGACGAGUUUGAAGAAAUCAAAGCGAAGCUGUACAAGGCAGCUGUAAAGGCGGGAAUCGUCCAAACGAACGAAGGCUACUAUAAUUUUCUGAUUCAACGAAUCCGUACUAAUCUGCACAUCAUCCUCUGCAUGAGUCCCAUCGGUGAAGCCUUUCGAAACAGAUUGAGACAAUAUCCAGGAUUGAUAAAUUGCACGACCAUCGAUUGGUUUUGCGAUUGGCCUGUUGCGGCCCUUCUGGAAGUUGCCCAUAAGUAUAUAGCUGAUGUUAAUUUCGUGGAAAGCAUAACUGGACAAGAACAGGAGAAACGUCGCGAUUCGUUGGUGUUUUCGACGCAGGAUAGACUGUUGCAGGCAGUGGCUACAAUUUUUGCAACAAUUCAUGCUUCCGUUGGAAAGUAUGCAAAGAGGAUGGCUUCGGAACUGAAGAGGCACUGUUACGUAACGCCUGUAAAUUACAUUGAGCUAGUCGCCGGAUUCAAAAUAAUGCUUGAUCACAAACGCAGGGAGACUGCUUCAGAGGCAAACAAACUGCGCAACGGUUUGUGGAAGAUCGAGGAUUGCAGAAUCAAGGUAGAAACGAUGUCGGCCGAGUUGGCUGACGCUCAAAUCCAGGUCAACCAGUACCAGGAAGAGUGCGAGGAGUAUAUGGUCAUCAUUGUGCAACAGCAGAAAGAAGCCGACGAACAGGCUAAAGAAGUUGAGGUGACGAGGAUAAAGAUCUCAGAGGAGGAGGUUGUAUGCAAAAAACUAGCGGAUGUUGCGCAAGCUGAUCUUGACCAAGCAAUGCCUGCACUAGAGGAAGCAAUAAGGGCUUUGGAUUCGCUCAAUAAGAAAGAUAUCAGUGAGAUGAAAUCUUACUCAAAGCCUCCUCAGAAGGUGGAGAUGGUCAUGGAAGCUGUCAUGAUUUUAAAGCAGCUGGAGCCUACGUGGACAGAGGCCAAGAGGCAACUAGGAGAGCAAAAGUUCUUGGAUGAUUUACGAGAAUUUGAUAAGAAUCACAUAAGCGAGAAGACGUUGAAGAAAAUCAACGUAUACACAACUAAUGAUGAGUUUGUACCGGAUAAAAUUGGAGUGGUGUCUUUGGCUGCUAAAUCUCUUUGCAUGUGGGUUAUUGCAAUAGAGAAAUAUGCAAAAGUUUGGAAGUAUGUUGCACCUAAGCAGGCCAAGUUGGAUGAUGCCAAAGCGUCUCUUGCAGAAAAACAGAGACUUCUGGCGGAGGCUCAAGCUAAGCUUGAUGAGUUGCAGAGGAAAUUGGAGGAACUGCAAGCCGCUUACGAGGAUAAAGUUAAGUUGAAGGAGGAGUUAAAUAAGAAGGCUGAAUUAUUGCGUAUUAAAUUGGAAAGGGCUUCAAUGUUGGUGGAAAAUCUUGGAGGAGAGAAGAUUCGUUGGGAGAAUACCGUUGCUAAUUUAGAUACUAUAUUCGAGUGGUUACCAGGAGAUUGCCUCUUGGGCACAGCUUUCGUCUCAUAUUUAGGUCCAUUCGUCUCGAAUUAUCGAGACGACAUGAUUAAGUACUGGAUUCAACAAAUUAUAGAAUUGGAUAUUCCUUCGAAUCCCGAUUUUGAAAUCAUCAAAUUCCUAACUGAUCCCACCAGUAUUCGAGAAUGGAUAAUUCAAGGCUUGCCGUCUGAUGACUUUAGUACAGAAAACGGUAUAAUCGUGGUCAGAGGUACUCGGUGGCCUUUGGUUAUAGAUCCACAGUGUCAAGCGCAGAAAUGGAUAAAGGCUAUGGAAAUGGUCAACGAACUAAAAGUUAUUGAUUUUGGUAUGCCAGAUUUUAUGAAGAUCGUAGAGCAAUCAGUGCAACUAGGUAGGCCAGUGCUUCUUCAAAACAUUAGUGAAACCAUGGAUCCAUCGUUAAAUCCUAUUUUGGAUAAGGCCGUGGUUAAGCAGGGUGGAAUGAUGAUGAUCAAACUGGACGAUCGAAUGGUAUCGUACGAUGAACAUUUCCGGUUUUUCAUUACGACAAAAUUGAACAAUCCUCAUUAUCCGCCGGAAAUUUCUACAAAGACCACUCUGGUGAAUUUCGCUAUUAAGCAAAAAGGUUUAGAAGCUCAAUUGUUGGGUAUAAUUGUGCGAAAGGAAAAGCCGCAGUUGGAAGAGCAGAAAGAUGACAUGGUUACUAGCAUUGCUAAGGGUAAGAGAACGUUGAUUGAAUUGGAAAACGAUUUGUUGAGAUUGCUAAACGAGACGCGAGGAUCUUUGUUGGAGGACGCAGAUUUGUUCAAUACAUUGCAAACAUCCAAGCAAACAUCCAUCACUGUGCAAAAAAAUUUAGAGAUUUCGGAGGAAACCGAAGUGGAAAUUGAUGCAGCCAGAGAAGGUUACAGAUCGUGCGCUGAAAGAGCUUCAAUUCUCUUCUUUGUUCUGAACGAUAUGGGACAAAUUGAUCCGAUGUACCAAUUUGCCUUGGAUGCUUACGUAUUCUUGUUUACUCAAUCCAUCGAUCGUAGCACAAAGUCGCAGAUUUUGGAUGAGAGGAUCGAAAUAUUGAACGAGUUUCAUACCUACGCUGUAUACAAAAAUACUUGUAGGGCAAUUUUCGAGCGGCAUAAGUUAUUGUUCUCCUUCCACAUGUGUAUCAAAAUUUUGGAAGGACAAGGCAAAAUUAUCUCUGCGGAAUACAACUUCUUGCUUAAAGGCGGAGUCGUUUUGGAUAGAGAGAAUCAAGUUGAUAAUCCUUGUUCAUGGAUGGAUGGUACCUCUUGGGAUAAUAUUACGGAAAUGGAUAAAGUUGGAGGUUUCCAUGGGGUCGUGACUACCUUCGAGCAGUUUCCAAGGGAUUGGUACCAAUGGUACAUACACACCGAACCUGAAACACAACCUUUGUUAGGCGAAUGGGAGGAUAUUUGUAGUGAAUUCCAAAAAAUGUUGUUCAUUCGUUCUUUGAGAAUGGAUCGCAUUUCAUUUUGUGUAUCUACUUUCAUUGUUAAUCAACUGGGCAGUAGAUUUGUGGAGCCUCCUGUUCUGGAUGUUAAGCAAGUUUUGCAGGAAUCCGUAGCUCAAACACCGCUCAUUUUUGUCUUAUCGCCGGGCGUGGAUCCGACUAAUUCUUUGGUACAAUUGGCCGAAACGUCCAAGAUGACUUCGCGAUUUCACGCUUUGAGUUUGGGACAAGGGCAGGCUCCAAUUGCUACCAGGAUGUUAGCCACUGGUGCCAAAGAGGGUAAUUGGGUGUUCUUAGCCAAUUGCCAUUUAUCUUUGAGCUGGAUGCCCAAAUUGGAUAAAAUCGUGGAAACUCUGCAAAUUGGCAAAGUGAAUCCCAAGUUUCGUUUAUGGUUAAGCUCCAGUCCUCAUCCGGAAUUUCCCAUAUCAAUAUUACAAGCUGCAAUUAAAAUGACAACGGAACCACCUAGAGGUAUCAAAGCAAAUUUGAAGCGGCUUUAUCAGAUAGUGACGGAGGAGCAAUUCAAUUUGUGCCACAGCAAGGAGAAAUACAAGAAGUUAUUGUUCUCGCUGUGCUUUUUCCACUCCGUACUGUUGGAGAGGAAGAAGUUCCAGGAGCUUGGUUGGAACGUUGUGUACAGUUUCAACGAUUCCGACUUUGAGGUAUCCGAAAAUUUGCUGACGAUUUACUUGGAUGAAUACCAGAAUAUAACACCUUGGGAUGCGUUGAAGUAUUUGAUAGCUGGGGUGAACUACGGUGGACACGUAACCGACGAUUGGGAUAGAAGGGUGCUCCUGACUUACAUAAACCAUUAUUUCUGCGAGGAUGCUUUAAACACUCCACUGUACAGGCUAUCCUCGCUCGGUACUUAUUAUAUACCUCGCGACGGGUCGCUGCAAUCCUACCAGGAUUACAUAACACUUUUGCCCAAUGUGGAUAGACCAGAAGCUUUCGGACAGCAUCCGAAUGCCGAUAUAACAUCUCUGAUCUCAGAGACUAGGUCACUUUUCGGAACACUCAUGUCUCUACAAGUUCAAGCGUCUGGCAGUGAGGAAGAGAGCAAAGAAGAAAAGGUUUCUCAAUUGGCGUCAGAUGUUUUGUCGAAAAUACCAGAACCAAUUGACUACGAGAACACGGAGAAAUUAAUGGGGCCUAUGAAGUCACCAUUGGAUGUUGUGUUGCUGCAAGAAAUUUCUAGGUACAAUGUUUUGCUUAUACAAAUUCGAAUAUCUUUGGACGAACUUCAAAAGGGAAUAAAAGGGUUAGUUGUUAUGUCCACUGAGCUUGAGGAAAUAUUUACAUGCUUCUACGAUGGUCGUGUGCCUUCGUCGUGGUUAAAAGCUUAUCCAUCGCUGAAGCUGCUAGGUUCGUGGACCAGAGAUCUGAUACGAAGAAUUGAUCAUUUCGAAACAUGGGCUGAGACCACUCACCCUCCGUUGCUUUUCUGGUUGGCAUCUUAUACCUUUCCAACAGGUUUCCUAACUGCAGUCCUACAGACGACCGCUCGAAUGAUGGAAGUGCCCAUCGAUACUCUGAAUUGGGAAUUCACAGUUUUGACUACCGAUGAUAAUUCUGUGCAACUUAGACCAGACGUCGGUGUCUAUGUGCGAGGCUUAUUCUUGGAAGGCGCCGGAUGGGAUAAGAAGAAUUCUUGUCUGAUCGAACCACAGCCAAUGCAAUUGGUCUGCCCGAUGCCACUGAUUCACUUCAAACCUAUAGAACAGCUCAAAAAGAAAACCAAAGGAUUGUAUUCGAGUCCUUGCUACUAUUACCCAAUCAGAACCGGUACACAAGGAUGGCCAUCGUUCGUCGUUGCCGUGGAUCUGAAGAGCGGAGUGGAGCACUCCGAUUUUUGGGUGAAGAGGGGAACGGCCCUUCUUCUAAGUUUAUCAACUUAAUUUGAUUGGACGUUCAUAAGUAAU